AUGAAGUCCCAACCGGCCAAUGAGAUCAAUCACGAUACUGCACCCCCAGCUAUGGAUCAUCGUGGCCCGCCCUCAACAUCGACGGCGUUCAAUAAACUGCCAAUCGAGGUAAUCCAUCGAGUACUAAUUGCUAAAUGCCUGAUUCCUAAUGCCGAUGAUGAGCCACGCGAUUUCCGUACAACCGAGCUGGAAGUGAACAAGUACCGUCUAAUUUGCCAUGCUACCAACAAUGCUAUUGCAGGCGACCGAUAUAGUUUCUGGCGUGUGUUGUUCCGCGAGCGUUUCGCGCUGGCACCUGGCGGCGGCGGGAAGAAGAGCGGCGAGUUGGCGGCCAUGUACCAGCGGCGAUCCAGGUACCUUCGUCGUGCAGCUGCAGGUCGAGAUUUCAAGCAUGGUGGUGCGAUCUGGGAGCAGAAGGCGCUGGAAGUCUUGCGGGACCUGAUCAAUGAGUCGUUCCAUGGACCUCAGGAGUUUGAUCAAUUCGGCGACCUAUUCUGCAAGAAUCAGGUGGAGCUGAGAGAAUUCAUUCGUGACUCCAAGCUCAUCUACAACCGCAAGCGUGUUUGCCCCGCUGGUGAUGAUGAGGAGUGGGGGAAUACGUUAGCUGCAGUCCGCCUCAUGUGCUCUCAGCUUAUCUUCGAAAUGGACGGUAUUAACAAGGCCGAUGUCAUCGCCAUGGACGACGCCCAAGAGGCAGUCUAUGCGCCAACGAACGACGCCCGUCUCUACGACGGACCCAAGAAGAACCGAUUGAACGUGAAAUGGAUGGUCCAAUGUUUCGACUUCUUUCGCCGCUACAUGGCCUGUCCCCAUUCAUCAAACUUAUACAAUACCUUGGGAGAUUUGGAGGAGUCGGAGCUUCCUACCGCUUGGGAUGCGCCAUUGUCCCGUGGAUCGUAUCCACUCAGCAGGCACUGGAAAGGCACGUACGCAUACCUGGAACACCCGAUCUUGAAGCGUAUGCGUAGACGAAGCAAGCUACGUUCUACCAAGGAUGAAGAGGAUCUAUACAUAGACCUCAAUAUCGACGAAGGCAAGAUCCAAUCUCUCCACCUCAACUUCCUCGAAGAAGGCCACACCGUCUACUGGCCCGACUCCUUCGAAGAGACUCUAGACUCGACCCGCGACACCCUCAACCCCACCACGCGCGCCCAGCACAGCAAGAAGAACGCGACCGCCGACGCAGCUUCUACCCGCAACAUCCAAUUCACGGGAUGGGGCGAGGACCUCGAAGAUACCUUCUACGCCACCGGCUGGCUCAACCCGCUGCCCGAUCAGUGCGAGAUCCCUGGCUGGCAACGCGUUACCUUUAUGAAGCACUUUGAUCCUGAUCCGGCGAAUGUCGAUGACGACAACUUGUGGGCGUACGAGGGCGUGGUGCUUCCCGGUGGGAAGUUUAUCUUGGGGCGGUGGUGGUAUGCUAACGAUGAAGUCAACUACAACAGCGACUACAACGGUCCGUUCAUCCUCUGGGCCACGAGCGAAAACGAAGACGAGUUUCCGGAUCUACCCCCCAAUAGCGACGAUGAAGACGAUGAGGACGAUGAGGACGCGUACGAGACCUGAAAUUGAGUGUCUGGGUGGGUGACUUGAGGUGCUGCUGCUGGCUGCGAGGGGACGGAUAUUGGAUUUCUACUUAGACAUCUCUCCCUCCCUCUCUCUCCUUGAGAAGGAAAGGAGGGAAAUCGGGGGCUAUUUAGUUUCGACUCUCCCUCCAUAUGCAAAAAAAUGGGGGUUUUAACCUCUUCUUUCUU